AUGUCUGCAAUACAAGUUGCCUCGAAUAUUACAGAGACGGCUGAUCGUAAUGCUCUUAUGGAAGAAGCCAUUGAAAUUGCCUCACAGUGGGCGCAGGAAAAAAUUGAGAACUUCCUCAGCGACAUUGAAAAUGGCAACGACCACAAGUUGCUCAAGAUAAGCCACAUUAUCAGUCGGCGCACUUCCAUUGACAUCUUCACUGGUGAGAGCUCAGACAUUGGCAAAUUUGCUAAAGACCUUAUCGUGAAGCUUGAUGACGGCAAGGUCAUGGAGGGUCUUGGGAAUUUGGCCGGCUCGCUGUUGAACAAGCUUUUUGGAUCUGCAUCUGGUUCAGCCCAGACGGAAAAGAUUUAUGAACUUGUCUCUGAUGAGCUCGGUGAACUCAAUCGUCUCGACGCUUUUUUCUUUUGCUAUCGGUUUGCUUCAAGGGGAAUCAACAAAACCGUCAUAGGGACAUGCUUUGUUCGUUCUGCUGCUGUCAUGGUCGAUGACAACGCCUACCGUGUGGUUCUCACUAGCCCUGCCACCCUUGAAGACGCUGAGCGCGUUGCCCAGGUGGCCAAGUAUCAGAGACAGGUCUUGGACGAGAAUGGCAACUCCGAACCUGCUGAUUCUACACUUCUUGAAGCCCGGGCCAAGCUAACCCGUUGGACAAUGAAUCAGAGUGUGGCUGCUAGGGUCCAACCUCAUGUCGGACAGCCCGUUACAACAGACGAGGAACAGGACAAGAUAGACAGGUGA